GUUAGUUGUCGGCCUACUCGAGAAGCUCGAAACUUUUUAAACUUGUAUACAUCGCAUCACAGUAGCCGUGUCUUAUGUAGGGAGAUAAGUGACAAGUUUCAGGGUAAAAAAAGUAUGUACACAAAUAACAAACUUCAAGAAUUUCAAACAUUCAGCGCACAUUCUUUGCAUAGUUUUAAAAGCUUUUGAUGAGUAAAUACUGUUUUUAAAUAUUAGUUGACUGUCUUGUGAUAUGUGCUUACGUAAUUUUACGGUUUCGUAGUCGUUAAUAUUUGAUAAAGAAAACUGAAAGACGGCAUAAUACAAGCAGAAUAACUUUGAAGCCUUCUGCAAGGAAUUUAACCCCAUACAAGAAAAGUAUUUUUGACAGAAAUAUCGAGCGCUUUAAAAAGCAACGUUGCCAAUUCGGGUAUGCAGAAACAUGGAUGGAAACCAUAUUUUCAACAUCGUCACUAUUCUAGUGGUGAUGUUCUUCGAUACAGUGAUAUUAGACGCUAUGUAUAUGGUUUCGAAUCCAGAACCUAUAGCGUUUCCCGAAGGUUUUGAAACGGCUUUGACGUGCGAUAUGAAUAUAGAACCAGAUAAAUUUGAAUGGAAAUUUUAUCCAACUGACAGUCCGUACAACUCGAAUGCUUUCAUUGAUCUUAGCAAUUCUACAUUCCAUCUUAUAUCUGAAAAUAGAUAUAAUAAACAGAGAAAAAAGUCUACCCUUAUGAUACAGGUGAGCGGCCCCCAUAUAGCUGGUGAUUACCAGUGUUUAGCUUAUUAUGGAGCUUACGUUGUAGCUUCUAUACCGUGGAGGCUCACUAUAGCCCAAUUGAAAGAAUUUCCUAGACAAGACAGUAUCGAUACUACGGUUACAGUUGGUAACACAAUAAUCUGGAGAUGUUUAGUACCUGAAUCAAAUCCGGAAGCUUCUAUAGAAUACCUAAAGAAAGGAGAAUUAGUGAAUUAUCGUUAUCAGAAAAAUCAGACAAAGUCAUUAAUAUUACCUAAUGUAAAUGCGGAUGAUACUGGAAUUUAUACUUGUAGAGCAACAAAUACUAUUAAAAAUGUCGAUUCAUACGCUCAUUUGAACUUGAGAGUUGUGAAUAACGCACCUCAUAAAUCACCCUAUUUUAUUUCUGAACCGAAGAAGACAUAUACAGUUCUAAAAGGUGAUACAGUUUCUUUGGAGUGUUCCGCAGUAGGAAAUCCCAUCCCAAAAGUGGUUUGGUUCAAGAAAAAUGGUCAAUUACCUACAAACCGCAUCAAAAUGAUCAACGGUAGUCUGAUAAUCAAUAAUGUUAUAUCAUCAGACGAAGCCAUCUAUGUCUGUAACCAUACCAACUCUUAUGGUACCAUAUCCCGUGAAAUAACUUUGAUAUAUAAUGAAGAACCUAGCAUAGAUUGUCCCACAAACAAAACGGAUCCAAAGCAAGGAGAGUUUUUGGACUUGAUUUGUACUGUUAGAGGUGUACCGCCACCGCAUAACGCUUGGUUUCUCAACGGUUUUUCAGUAUUGAAUGAUAGUUUGGUUGAAGUGAGGGACAAUAGAAUAAAUUUUACUCGAGUAGAGAAAAGACAUGCUGGUAAUCUGCAAUUAUUUGCUAGGAAUGUUGUGAAAACUGUGUACAGCAGUAUAAUGAUAAGUGUAAUCCCUUUGGGAUCUAUCGAUACAUUCAUUGCACCAACAAGACCUCAUAAAAAACACUCAUCAAAACGACCUCCGAAGCGUCCCUCUAAACCCCCAAAGUUAAUUCCGCCCAGCAAACCAGUAAUAACUCGUAUGGAUGAUGAAUCAGUUGUUGUCCGUUGGAAUGUUUCUCAAGAUACGGGUUUGCCGAUAUCAUUUUUUAAAGUUCAAUAUAGAGAAUUAGGACCAGCCAAUUCCAAUGCACAUAAUGGAAGCAGUAGACCAAGUCGAUGGAAAACAACAAAUGUUGAUAUACAACCUAACAUUAGAAAUUACGAUAUUACCAAUUUAAAGCCGGAUUAUAUUUAUAGAUUCAGAAUAGCAGCAGUUUAUCAAAAUAACGAUAAUAAAUUGAGUCCCAACUCCGAUAAAUUCCACUUGGAAAGAUACGAUUUUGAUGAUAGAAAUCCUCUUCCAACUCCAAUUAUAAUAGAAACGGAAACUGUUAGUACCACUGCUGUCAAAAUUCAUUGGAAGUGUGACAACCCCAAAAACGUUCAAAUAGAUGGUUUUUAUAUUAGUUUUAUAUCAGCUUCCACUGCUGGAGAUUAUAUGAAAGCUACUGCCGAUGGGAAAGAUACAAGAGAAUAUGUUAUAACACAUUUACAGCCUGAUUCGAUUUACGAUGUGAAACUGCAAAGUUUUAAUUCUAAAUAUGCUAGUGACUUCAGUGGAAUUAUGAAAGCUAAAACUGGUGCACUUCAAUUAGUUUCGACCACAACCACUCAACUUCCAAGUCAACCAACAUCGAGAGGAGAAAAAUCCGAAUUCAGUUUAUAUGUAAUUGUUGCUGGUGUUGUAAUUGGAUGUGCACUACUAGUUUGUGCUAUUACAGUUAUAUUCGUUUGUAGAAAAUGGCAACAGAAAAAAUCUGUUGACAAUAGAGACAAAACGAUAGGAGAGGAUCAUACUCUUCAAUUGGACGGUAACGAAUAUGUUGUAGUUAGUCCAAAAUCAAACGGUCAUACUCCCAAUAGGAUAACAAUCACCGCUAAUCCGCUCGCUGACGCGGACAACAAGAAUCAGAACAUGAUAGAGAUGUCUUGUUUGAGUGCUCAUUCGCAAAAUAAUAACUGCGCAAGCGCCACUGUCCGUCAAGAAUCCACAUCCGGCUCAGGAGGGGUCCCUCGGAACCAUGACAAGCCCCCCUCAUCGCCUAUCAACUCGAAAGAGCGAAAGAAGAAUAUUAUAGAUAAAAGUACUAAUAGCAGAAAUAAAAACAUAUCUGUCGAAAACGUUUCUUCUUCCGGGGAAAAUUACGUUUAAUAGACUUGUGUUACUUUAUUUGUGAUCAAAAUAUCGUGUGAUUUCGUCUUUAGAUUUUAGUUUUUGCAGAAAAUAUUAGACAGAGUAUAAUUAAUUCAAAAUUCAAUUAAAUAGAUUCUAAUUUUAUCAUUAUUUAUAGCAAUUUCAUUAGUGCACGACUGAUCUGUGUUGGUUUCAUAAAACUGAUUGAACGACAUUUUUCAUAAAUUAUUAAUUACAUUUUAUCGAAGUUAUAUAGCUAAGUAUGUUAUUAAAUCAUUAUAAAUAAGUUAUUAAAAAACAGACUGGAAAACAAGAUUGAAUGACAGUAAAAUAGAUUUUAAAAAGUCAGUUUUUGCACGUUAAUGACUGGUUUCAUAAUACAUUUAAAGGAAACUUUGUAUUUAAAAUUUCCAUUAAUAGUCGAGCGUUUCUUAAUUGACAUUUAGUCUUAAUGUUACUUUAAUUUGAACUUUAAGUUAAAGUCAGAAAUGUUUCACUUUAGCACAUUAAGUCUCCUUUAGUGGUAAACGUCAAAUACAAACGUAUGAUAUGUUUGAAUUCUAAUCUGACCCAGGCGUCUUUUUGAUAAAAUCUUUUAGUAGGUUACAGCGGAUACCGCAUUAAGAGAUGAAAAUUUAUACAAUAAAUCUAUUAAAAGAACAAGGAACGUUGUAGAAAUAAAAAAUGUGUAUCAACCAUAUACAUAAAACUUUUUAAAAAUGAUAAAAAUUGAAAUUAAACGCUAAAAUCAAGUCAAAAAAAAUGUUAGUCUCAAAACAACACUCACUUCUACAUUUCAGUUUGUUUCUUUUUCUAACUAUUGCAAAAGGACAGAGUAUUGUCAACCUCCUUUUAAUGAAGGAACCUUCACUUGAGAGACCGUUACAAAUCGAUUAUUAUUCAUUUCAACAACUAAGUUAAAGGAACCUUCAAAGUACUAGUUGGGGAUUAUGAAACCGGUCGUAAGCAUUAUUGGGUUUCCUUUUUGGCUAAAAACUCAUCAUUUACUUUGCUCGUCUUGAUAUUUCUAAUACAUUGCAAGCUGCAUUGUACGAGGGCCGUUUUUUUAUUCGAACUCCGAUCGCUCCGUGCAGACGCUACGCAGGCAUGCGCUGUAGGUGACUGCGAAGCUCUCGCACUACACACUCCUCCAUUUUAGACAUUCCGACCUCAGUCGGCGUUGUGCUACAGCCACGUAAACAUGUCCGCCAUUAUUGAUGCUUCCACUAAGUGUGAAUUGCAAAGAGUGAUUCGUUUUCUACAGGCUAAAGGCCAUAGUGCUGCAGAAAUUCUUAGGUGAAUGAGUCGUGUGUAUGGGGAAAACUUCAUGAGUGAUGGUGUUGAGCGUGGAUAGUGUCGAAUGUUUAAAGAUGGCCGUAAUAAUGAACAUGAUGGUCUGUUUUGUACUCUAGUUGAAUUCAUUGGCGGCAACAUUCUUUAAAAAGGGUAUUGAGAAGCUUAUCCGCAGAUAUGACAAAUGCCUCAUCUCUUCGGUGAUUAUGUCGAAAAGUAACCGUAAGUGUACUAAUCUUUUGGUAAUAAAACUAUUGUUUUAUAUGAACUUGUCUUUUAUUUAUAGACUAUCGGAAAAUGAAAAAAUAGGCUCUCGUAACAUCAACAAUCGAGGAAAUUUCUUCAACCUCGUUAGAAUUUGGAACUUUCCUCUUGUCUUCCUGAAGGUCUUAAAGUGACAAAAUUGCAGAACAUUGGCCCAAUUAUUACGGGCUACUGUACUGGUAGUAUGUCUAGUAUAAAUCUUAAUGGUUCCAGAAGUUUAAUUUAUAUGUUGAAAAGCAAUUUUUUAAAAAAGAUUCCUUGUUACCUCUUUUGUUAGAUUAUAGCCAAAGUCAUUUGAGUAAAUGCCAACUUUUUGACGUGUAAAAAUAAAUUUUAUCGCAUAUUUGAGUGUACAGAAUAUGAUUUUUUUCUAGUUAUGAUAUUAUUUGAGUGAACAUAUUCUAAUGACCUGUUUAUGGUGCCAACAAGCAGUAUAUCGAUGAUAAUAAAAAUAGUUUUUAGUCAUAUAGCUCUAAGAGUAUUUUUUCGAGUUGUUCAAGGCUGAUAGUGACGUUUUCGUUUUAUGUUUUUUUUAAUUGUAUAUUUUUAAAUUGUACAUAUUUUUAUGUAUAUACUGAUUAUUCGAAUCUUAAAAAUGUACGAACGUGAAUAAUGUGUCAAAUUUGAUGUAAUAGUUUUAAUUUUCAGACUGCUUUGAAAGUUAUUAUUAAUUUGUCUUCCAUACUUAAUUUGUAGUUACUCAUAAUUUUUUCAAUGAUGAGUUUCGAAUCACGGAAAGUUUGUUGGAGAAUAAUUUUUAUACUGUAUGUGAAUAUGUGCUUAUCUGACAAUUGUAGCUUGUUUGAUCAAUAUAAGCUUUUUCGCUUACGAAAUGGAUCAAUUGUUUACAGACUUAAAUAUGAAAAUUUAAUUGUUUAAAUUGGUAUUUCAUACAGAAGUUAUAAGUAUCCAUAAAUCAGUAAGACAUAGAAUCGUGUCGUUUUAAUAAUUUCAAAAAUCUUGUUUGUAGAAAUAUUUCAACUAAAAAAUUGUUGAUGUUUUUUCCAAAAAAAGAGCAACUAAUUCGAUAGUAAUUGAUUUAUAACCUAAAGGGAGAAUGUUAACAAGGAAAUCCUUUUGGUUUAUAGCUUAAUCAUUAAUGUAAUUGAAAUGUUUCUAAAGUAUGUAUACUGGGCAUUCGAUUAUAAUUACAAGAAUUUCAAGAGCAAAUAAUGAUGCAUACUUUUAUGAACAACUUUCAAUUUUAAUAAUAACUUCUGUCGAUCUGAUUCUAAUUUGGAUAUGGAUUUUUUUCAUUCAUUAACACCUUUCUAUUAAACUUUCAAUCUUUCUACUUCUACUUUCUACUCUUAUCAUGAGCUUCCCGAUUUUGCUAUAUUUUACUAAACAUUUUUUUUUCGAAAUAUAAAAUUUUCUCACUGAUUUUUGAAAUUUUCUCUAAUAUUUUUUUAAUAAAACUAGUUACUACUGACGACUAAUAAUUUUCAAUUACAUACAUGCUGUUUUCAUAGAAGUAUAUCAAAAUAAUGUUUAUAAAAUCCAAAAAAGUUUGACACUUUGUAUUUGGUGUUAUUAUAAAAGACAAAUUAAUAAAAUGUUCAGCAUUGCCAACUUACGAACUGCAAUAAUAAUUUUAAUUUACCCUUUUCUUUUGUUAAUUUAGUAUGUAGUCAACAGUGUUCAAAUUUAAAAACAUCUUGUUCAAAUAAAUAGUAUUUGGAUACUCAAACUAUUGUAUUGCCAAGUUAUGGAAGAUGAUAUUUGGAUGUUAGACGACGUAGACUUUUUAAUAGUAGCCCAUACUUUAAAUAAAAUUCUAUUGAAGCUACAGGUGUUGGAGGAGAUCCUGUAGAGUUUUUUUGUAUUAUUACUUCAAUUGAACACGACUUUAUUUUUAAUAAAUAUAGAAAAAAAUUGGUUCAAUAAAUGUGAAUGUAAUGAAGUAGUACUAAUCGGACUAACUCGAAUUAUUAUUGGAACCAUGAUUUUUAAUUUUGGAUACUGUUAAAUAACCCCGAAACCUUUUAUACACUGAAAAAGACUAAAAGAUUUGCCAUUAGCAAUUAAGAUUUAUAUUUAUUUAACCACAGUAUUAACUAGACAGCUAAUAUUAUUCCUCUGUAGAUUUUAGUAAGUAUAUUUUUGUAUUACUGCAGUCCCCGGUAUAUAUGUAUAUAAAAGUUGUGAAUGUACUUAAAAGUGCCGUUUUUAAUAUAUGAAUGAUUUUUUUA